CAUUUACUGAGAAUGGAGGACCAGGAUCUGAUUGCGAAAUUCGGCGACGACGUGGCCCCCUUAAGCGACAUUGAUGCCACGGCCCAGACGUUUUACGACCAGCAUGGCGAGGUCACGAUCAACGCCGCCGACGUCCUCAAGAAGCUCUUCAAGCGCGUGGCAACACUGGAGGACGGUCACGUUCAGCUGAGAACGCAGGGUUCAGACCAGAGUUCCCUGAUAGCAAGCUUGGAGAAGAUAUGCUCACGCCAGGACGCCACGAUAGACUCCCUCGUCCAGACGGCCAAGAAGCAAGAAGAGCAGAUAGUCAGCCUUCUCGACCACUUCAAGACGAUCGACAAGCGGAUCGAGGACCUGGAGGUCGAGUCGGGGGAGUACGGCAACGUUGUCCGUCGCUACGUGGCGGAUCGGGCGCACGCGAAGCUGCAGAAGAAGCUGCGUGCAAAGGGGAAGGAUGAGCUCUGGUCGGAGUACUUCAACAACACCUUCGAGCAGUACCACAGCUGGUAUGCUGCCAGGCGCCUGGAGAAAGCGGAGGUCGACCUCCUUGAGAAGAGCGACAACACGCCUUUCGACGUGGGCAACAACUCAGCUCGCCGGCCCAAGGAUUCAGUCGUGGAGCGCGUGAUGCUGCGAUCCGGCACCGAGUGGGUCAACAUCUGGAAGUUCGUCAAGGACACCAACACGCCCCCGGCCGCCGACACGCCUCAGACCGCCGCCUGAGCAGCGACUGCCAGGCGUGGUGGGAGAGCUGCUGGCUGGUGACCGCUGGGUUGCACCCAGUGCUCUGCUGCGUUCCAUUCCCGGCGCACCUGCAUGUAGUGUCACACACAAUUGUAGGCGGGGCCUUGCGGGGUCAGGCAGUCAGGC